CAAAAUUGUAUAUUUUAAUUAUAAAAAUAACUAAUGAAAAUUUUAAUUCUCUUUCUGAUCAAUUUAUUAAAAAUUAUCAUAGUUUCAGGAAGAAAUAGUAAUAUUAACCACCGAGAUGGACCCAUUGGAUUACCUCGUCACGUAUUCUUACGUAAUUCUAAGAAACUGAUGAGAAGACAUAAACCAAAGAUAAUAAACGAACAUUCAGCUGUAAUCGAUGAAUUUAAUACCGAGAAUUCUCAAAAUAUCGCAGAAUCUGAGAGUAAUUUGGACCGGAUAAACGAUUUGAUGAAAACUAAUCAAGAUUACAAUAUACUAAACUUUGACCAAAUGCAAAAUUAUAAUUUUGAUUUUUACUUUAUUCCAGAAUGGUUCAACACAUUACCUCCAAGUUUAAGUAGUACAAAGGGUUUCGUAAUUGAUAGUUUAUCUAGCUUGGCUCACAUGGGUUUAAUGUCUCUAAUUUCCACUCAGGCAUUCCAAAAUGCAUAUUGUUCAGUUUUCUCUAGUGAGACUGAGAAGGCUAUAUGUCUGAAAAAUAGUAUUGAAAACAUAAAUAAAAUCGCACAAAUGGGGAGACAAAUAAUGUCAUUAAACUUUCGCGUAUUAGCAGGAGGAAGGAUGGCAAAGGAAGCGCUCAUUGCACUGAAUACCCUGGCCUCUGACUCUCAAAACGUUGGAAUAAUAAAAACUCUUGGAUCGACUAUAAUAAUGUAUUUAACGUUAAUGAGAGAGGCUGUAGGGGACGAGACUAAGGCUCUUGCGGGGUCUGUAAUGACAAAAUUAACAAAUUUACCAGUUGCCUCAAAUAUACCAGACAUGAGUAGUGGAGGAUUCGGAAGAAUUAAUGGUAAUUUUUUAAAUUUCAUAGUUUUUAGUUAUACUUCCAAGGCCUAG